UUUGAGGUAAUUGAUCUCCAAUUUGUAGAGCUAAUUCUUAUAAAAUUUAAAAAGAAUGGCGUCAGUUUACCAUCUCUUCAUAAAAAGUGAAAACUUAAAUACUUAUUUAACAAUAGAAAACAGAAAUUUAGAAGGGCCUGGUAAAAAGAGAUACUAUGCAGCUCUUCUUAUACAAAGAGUAUACAGAGGGUAUAGAGUACGAAAAAUGGUUAAAUUUUGGCACCAACAAGCCACAAUUAUUCAAAGAUGGGUUAGAGGUUGGUUGGUUAGAUGGCACUUACCUGAAACAUAUCAAGAAUAUUUUAUUCGAUUAACUCAAUCAUAUUAUGAUAAAAUGGCAACGAAAAUUCAAGCAUUAUGGAGAGGAUAUUUAGUGCGAAAAAAUAUGCCUAUGUCCAUGGCUGAGCUUGCAAGACUUAAAAAACUUAUGGAAGAAUCAAAUGCGAGAAUAACCGGGACAAUGCGUAGACUAUUCGCAAGAAUGAACGAAAAGGGAUUAGGCGCGUUAGACGAGGAUCAAAGAAGAAAACUUGGUGACGAAUGUCGACAAUGGGUUCUUUAUAUUUUAUUUAAAACCCAUCAUUUAGUAAGAACUGAAGUUAUAGAAGGAAUUUAUUCUGAACACGGACAAAAUAAAAAAUCACAAAUUGAAGAAUGGAUGUCUAAAUUACCAAUGAAAAAAUAUAUGGACGAUUUAAGAAAAAUUUACAACAAAGAAUUCGCUAAUACAGAGAAACCCAUACAUUACCUAUUCGAAUCUAGAGCAUAUAGAGAAAUGGAAGAUUGCUUCCGAUUGAGAGAUCGUUCACAUGAAUUAAAACCCGUGCCAUAUAAACUAGAGAGUAACCUUCACAAAAAACCGUUUGAUACAACCAAUAGACCAGUCCGUUAUCCGUACUUUCCACCACAAGCUCGACAAAAUCCGUACGGAGUUCAAGUAUCGCUCCUACGACAAUUUGAAAAAUUUUCGCAAGAAUCCGAUUUUGAUUUGUUUGUUCAUAAAUUCAAGGAACCUCAGCGAUCACCACCGCCAUACUACAUUGAUACUUGGAUGAAAAAGUGUUCUCUUCAUUAUCCCGAUGAUGAUUGAAAUGAAAUGAAUGUAUUUAUUCAAAUGCAAUAAAGAUUUAGUUGUGUGUCUCUA